AUGGUACUAAUGUCAUUUCAGCGAACGCCUGGCAGUGCGUGUGCGGCGAGGAAUGGCUCGGUGACUGGUUGGAGAAAAGCCGGCGACAGCGAUGUUGGCGAUGGAGUUCUUGGAUGUCUUGUGACGGCUGCUCGUCGUUGUGCUGUCGAUCCCCAGAUGGAGACAGACGAAGUGCGAAGUGUGUGGGUGACGGUGACGGCAUCAAUUUUGGCCGCGGUCUCGCUCCUGAUCCUCAUCGCGAUUGCCUUCCUCUACAUCAGCGACGGUAAACAAAGGGUGGUCCUGAUGCGACCGUUGGUUCGUCGAACCGACUCUGAUCUGCAUAAGCUGAUUGCUGACGUCGACCCAUUAAUCGCACGCGACCUCGGUGCACCAAGAAAGGUGACGUCAAAUGGGGACAAGAAACGCGUCAGAUUCGAGGAUAACUGA